AUGCUGGCCAGUGGUGUUGGGAGUGGGUCUGGUGUUGUUCUUGCCUACAGGGCAUAUUUUGAGAAUUGUGGGGUUGUUGGGGUGUGUGGGGUUUCCUGGGGUUUCCUGGGGUGGGGUGUGGACACUCAUUCCUCCAGUGGCCAUAUUGGCCACAGUUGAAACAAGUGUUCCUGUCUAUUCCUCCUUGGUUACCCCUGCCCCUAUAACCCUGAUUUCCCUGUCUCCAUCCCCUUGCCCCUCUUUGACCACCCCUUCCACGGGCUUUAUGUGCUCCAUCCCAUCCUUGCUCUCAGCCUGUGUAGCUGGACAUAAUAUGUUGCAAUCCCUGAGCAUAAUAAGCAACCUUACUUUCCUAAAUCUUUUCUUAAUUCAAAACAACCUGCAUUUUCCUUUUCUAUAACCUUGGUAAGAAAAUCUGAGCUAUCCAAAUUGGCCCAGUCUGAAAUCAAUUGUUUCACAAGCAAAGAAUACUGUGGCAACAUAUUACCAAGGCAUGACUGUAUUUUAAAGAGAUCUAUAUCAUCUCCAGACAUCAAACCUGCCUCAUCCUUCCAACACUUGUAAAAUUUCUUUACAAAAAUCAUAUUACCAAUCUCUUCCUUUGCAUCUUGCUUAUAUGCCAAAGCAGUGAAUAUAGACUGCUUAUUCUUCCAUAAUCCCAACAUUUCAGCUUCCACCUUGUUCCAAAUUUUAGCACAUCUUACUGAAGUACUAAGCUCAUAAUCACCAAUUCAUUUCAAACCAUAUAACUCAUACUCAGCAUCCCAUGUAAUAUUACACGUCAUCUCACAAAGCAAUAUCUUUGUAGAAACACAUAAUGGGUACCCAGCAGAUAUGCCAAUACAGAAAUCACAUUUAUGGGCACACAACUACACACUCUGUCUCCCUCCUAGGAAACACAGAUAGACACAAUAUAAAAGCAAUCUUAAACUAACACCUCCAAAUCUCCAACUAUUCUUGGCCAAAACGCUAGUAUUCAACAACUAAUAAAACAGUUAUUUGCUAGGUUAUUUGGCUGUCAUUCUUAUCAGUAUCACUAGACUGUGACAAACUGAUUCACAUAUAAUUUAAAACAAUACAGCAACAUAAAUUAAACCACUUUCAAGUUAAACUGCACACUUAUCACACAUUAUCACAAUCACCAUUUACACAAAAUAAAGAGUUAACAGCUGUAUUCAGAACAUAUUAUUGGAAAGUAUACCAAUUUUAGUUUAGAUUUAUUUUAGGGAUUCUUAUGUAUACAUUUUCUUAAUUAACUUCAUUACUUUAAUCUACUAUAGUAUUAUAUUUAAAGAAAGGAUCCAUUUAUAUAGCGCGCUCAUAACUCAACUAUUUGUAUAAAACUACCAUUAACUAAUCUGAGAUGAUGCUGCAUCAAUUUAAAUCUUAUAGAAAUUGAACAAACAUCUGGACCAGAUUAAACAGACAUGGUUUCACCUGAAUCUUUCAGAACUCUCAGAGACUUAAAAAAUUUAUACUAUACCAUGUUUUAAAGGCAUGGCAAACCUUUAGACCGGUCAGUCUCCAAGAGCCCUUAGUAACACAGGUAAAAAACCUCUGUCCAUGAUGUCUGAUUCAGGCUAUAUACCACAAUUUAAAAAUAACACAUAAUGUGAGACAUAGAAGACACAAGCAGUAGUUAUUACACUGGAUCAUUUAAAAGGAACCUGUUGCAAUAAAAAGGUUAGUUUACAGCGCAAAAUAAAGCAUGUGUUGGACCGCUGAAAAUGUAAAUGUUGCUCUGUUAUUUUCAAAAUCAUAUUUAGUAUGGAUCCUUUGCAACAAACACACAGGGCAGGGAAGAUGUGCUGAUUGGUGUUUCUAUACAAUUAAUCCCAGAUGGGGAAUUAACUUUAAAAUACUAAUGAAGUGACUUUUUGUCUCAGUUAUAAAAUAUACUGAGCUCAUCAUGCAAACAAUGCAACACAUUUACACUAUCCCACUCUCAUAAUAAGUGUAGUGGGCUUAUAGUAUUUUUAAAGCAACAAUCAUUCCAGGCACACAGUUCCCAUGUGAAAUAACUUACAAUAAAACAGAGUAAUAAACUUAUACUUCUAUGCAACAGAAAGAAUAAAGCAAAAAGAUUUAAGUAGGUCUAUCAGGUACAACCUAUGAGUCAUUUCUUUUCUAAUAUACAGUACUGCUAUCUUGCAGAAAGAUAAGUCCUGCGCUCACUCCCAUCACUACUGGACAGCAGCAAGGACUACAGUACACAUCAGCCCCAAUAUAUGGUAAAAACCAAAGAAAAACAAGUUACCUGCGUUCUCUCCUUAAUCCCUAUGUAUUUUUAAAACCUCCAUUUGUUUAAAAGUACUGCUAUCUUAUAUAUACACAUAUACAUAUACACACACAUAUAUACAUAAAUAUACACAUAUAUACAUACACACACAUAUACAUGUACAUAUAUUGGUCACUCAGGACAUGAACUCACAUUUCCCAUACUGCUGACUCAGAGUGGGGACACUACUAACUUACCAAAGUGUGUCCCCAAUAUAGACAAACAAUCACCCACAAAGAACACUUAAGACAAACAAAGGUGACCGGGAGAAAGAGAAGUUUGGGUUAUACUUAAAGAUCUACAAACCGUGCUGCUCAGAACACCUAUAGAAACCGGAGACCUCUUAUGGUCUCAAAAACCUGUAUCUAUCUUAGAUACUAACCUGGGUUACCAAAACCCUAUAUAUUUAGACCAAAUGUCUAAUAAACCGGAGACCUCUUAUAGUCUCAAUAUAAACCGGAGACCUCUCAUGGUCUCAAUAUAACUAGAGUCCUUACACCUUUCCUAUCUACUGGAUACAGACUUACUGAACCAAAGGGGGUCAUAGACAAUCAGCGUCAAAUAAGACACAAAAAGGCUACUCACCGCAAAUGGUUUUGCUGAUCCACUUCUAUCUAUCCCACUUCUAGACACCAAGCUGAAAGGGUUAAUGUUGUAAUGGACUCUAAUCCCCUCGGUUCUCGAUCCCUCGGUCACCAUAAUCAACGUUGAUGGAGAGUCAUUUGUAAGCAAUAACACACGGACAACAGCUUUACAAGACUCUCAAAUGAGUGUAUUCCAGAGCUGGCUUUUAUACAUAGUUUGCUUACAUUAGCCAUGGUAUAUGCAAAUACAGUACAGACUAUAAGAUUUAUUACUUCCUUAUAUUACGUUAUUCUGACAAUGGAAAGAUAAGCUUCUGCAUACGUCUGGAAAAGAAUAUCCUGAAAUCGGAAUGGGCAAGACAUCCUGAAAUUUAGCAUUGUCUUACAUCCUAUAGAAGAAAUACCUUAGUCUGUCACAGUCAGCAUAUUAUGUCGUAUAUUGAGUUUAAGUAUUCAAUAUUCCUUCAGUCAGCAAUAAUCAUGUUAUAGACCUUAUAAAAGCAUAAAAUACAUAUAAACAAGUUAACUAUUUAAUAUUCUUACACACUCCAUACACCAACACAAAUUUAAUGCAUUUGAUAGAUUUUGGACUCAUAAUAAGCUCUUAUUUCAGCAUACAAUAAAAAAUCUUUAUAGUUUUCAUACACACAAAAUAAAAUAUUUACACACUUCCCUCCAUAAAAAGACUUUCGUAUAAGUGUAUGUAGAGGGAGGGUAGAACAGGUGGCUCAGGGCUAACUGUAAUAUACGGCAAUAUAUAUAUUCCAAUUAUAUAGAAAUGGAAACCACUAGUAAAGGUUAGAUCCUUAAAGGACCAACCUCCUGUGGAUCCCAAAAGAACACCUGUAUGGACACUCCAGAAAUGUCCUGGGGCUUAACCCCUAAGUUUACAACAAAAAAGAAAGCUCUAUCUAAGCACUGGAUGUACAGAUCCAGCAGUUCGAGCAUAUACUGGAAUUAUGAGGAUAAAUGAAUUGAUGAUGAUAAUAAUAAUAAUAUUAGUUAGAAUAUAUAUACAUAUCAAUAACCUCUUCCUGAUCUAGAGAGUCAUCCCAAAAAAAAAAAAAAUAGUGUUACCAGCCAAAUAGGCUAUACCUCCCUAGUCCUAAACUGUGACUACACUGCAUCUCAGACUCUUGACUUUAAUGUCACUUAUUUGGUCGCAGUCUGUAUAUUGUCACCAAUAAAAAUAAAUAAAUUGAGUCACAGUUAGAAAUCCUAAUUCCUAAACAAAACUGCAUGCAAUAGCAAAUAAUGGUAACCGGACAGUUAAAUCAUAAAUAAACCUCACAGUUCGAGAGUAUAGAGAUAUUUGCUUGAAAUGAAGUAACUAAUAUAUAGUACUGCUCUAAAUAAAUAUUAAAUAUGAACAGUCGCAAAAAGUCUCUAAUGAAAAGUGUAACACUCAAACUAAUGUACUAAUGUCCCGUGAAGAGAAUAAUAGUGUCAAUCCUAGAUGCAUAAUCAAAUAAUAAACAUGUAUCUCCUUCACAGGCUACUGGAUAGAGUGAGGGAAUUAGGAAUGAAAGGGAGGUUUAAGAAAAAUGUAAAAUGCUAUUGUGCAGGACCAUACUUAGAAUGUUGGUUGCCUGCACAACCAGCUGGGUACUUUCACUAUGUGCAGGCAAUGCUCUGAAUAUUGGAACUUGCAAGAGAAAUAUACACUGCCUGCGUUCAGCGGAGGUGCAGAACAAAUACACUGGACCACCAGGGAAAGAUAACCAAAGGUUAGGAAAAAUUUAUUUUUAAUACAUUAUUUUAAAUUGCACAUGUAACAGAUUCUGUGUAUAUUUGUGACAGUGUGCGUAUCCGUGAGUAUGUGUAACAGUUUGUGUGUAUCUGGUGUAUGAGUUUGUAUUUUUUAACUUUGUAUAUUUGUGAAUUUAUAGUUGUAAUAUUAUGUGUUUUGAGCCAGUAGAAGGGUACACAUUGUGUGCCAGUUGGUACUUUACUUUAAUAUAUUGAUUUAUGGCAGGGGAUUGGUUGGGCCAUUAAGAGGGCUUAAAAGGACACUACAGUCACCAGAACAACUACAGCUUAAUGUAGUUGUCCUGGUGUCUGUUUCCUGUCCCUGCAUGCUUUUUAAUGUAAACAUUGCCAUUUAAUAGAAAAGGGAGCAAAAAUCAGAUGCGUGUCCUGACAGGUGUGCCCUCAUAAAGUAUGAAUGUUUGUCUGUCCUAUCUAAUCUAUCCCAGUUAUAUAAUGGUUUUUAUUUUUCAUUCUUGCUUUUCAGGAAUUGAGAAAAUUGUCUGGAAAACAUCCAAGUGUCGUAAUAAUUCCACUUGGUAUGUCUACAAUAUUUUUCUGUUUUUAUUAUUUUGUUUUUCUUUCAGAUUUGUCUGUUACUGUAAAUUGGCAGUUUUGUUUCUCCGAAUAAAUAAACGUGACCAUUUAAUCCCCACUGAAUGGAAAAUAGGUAGAUAAAAAAAUAUUGUUCCAUUUCCUUUUUUUCUUUCUGCCUUUGCAAGAUGUUUUCCUUAGAAAAUACUGUGAUAUCAAUGAUCUGAACGGUAUCCAUUUGACAAUUGUGCACAAUUUCAAGUGGGCUCUAAAAAAAACAUGGCUUUGAAGUACAAGCCCUGUUAUUUUCUCCAAUGCCCACACACUGCAGGUGCAGUAAAUCUAUCUUCUGAUUGGAUAACAUUUAAUAUACUGAUGCGUAUACAAAAAACAAUUUUUCCCUGAGGUUCUGACAUAGGGAUUUAUUCUCUAAAUUGUGAAUUGUAAUCAGGAAAUUGCAAACUAUAGACCAAAAUAGUUAAACUGGAAAAGUGGCAUGAUUGGCAAUGCAUGCCUGAAACACAGCCAAAUAAUCUACCCAAAUCCUCUCCUCACCCAAACAUCACACAUAUUCAAGGGGAAAGUGACUGGCCACAGCUUUAUUUAACAUUCCAAAAUAACAGCCAUUAACCUCCGCUGUCAGGCAGGUAUUAUUCUCCAGAGUUCGGUUCCUGCUCACUUUCCAUGACAGAAACCCCCUCUCCCAAUGCUAGUUGAGCCACCCAUUUGAUUCAUGCGCUGGCCAGAGUACCUUCCGCAGCUGUAACAGUAACUGCAAGAAAACACAAACACCACAACCAACGUAAAAGAGAAGAGAAUAGAAAGAAAAGGUAGAAGAAAAUCAGAGGGGGAAAGAAAGAGAGCAGGAGGGAACUUUCUUAAACCCUCUAACAAAUCCAUAACUUUCUUUCAAAACUGUCCUUGGAAGACAAGGAAGUUUUUGGAAAACAGAGUAAACUGAAUGUACCUUUCCUGGUUAAAUACAUUAUCAUCUGUACACAUAUGAUCUGCCUAGAGUAUUAGGAAAUCCACAUUUGUAUAGUAAUGACUCAAACAGGUUGCAGCAGAUAGGGCACGCUUUGGGCUUUUAGACCCUUUUUUUGUGUCUGUCUUCCCCCAGAAUCUUCUUUUGUGUUUCUAUCUUCCCCCGGGCCCUUUUUUUGUGUUUCUGUCUUCCUUUAGACCCUUUUUUGUGUAUCUGUCUUCCCCUGGGCACUUUUUUGUGUUUGUCUUCCUUUAGACCCUUUUUUGUGUAUCUGUCUUCCCCCGGGCCCUUUUUUUGUGUUUCUGUCUUCAUUUAGACCGUUUUUUGUGUUUCUGUCUUCCCCCGGGCCCUUUUUUUGUGUUUCUGUCUUCCUUUAGACCCUUUUUUGUGUAUCUGUCUUCCCCUGGGCACUUUUUUGUGUUUGUCUUCCUUUAGACCCUUUUUUGUGUUUGUCUUCCUUUAGACCCUUUUUUGUGUAUCUGUCUUCCCCCGGGCCCUUUUUUUGUGUUUCUGUCUUCAUUUAGACCGUUUUUUGUGUUUCUGUCUUCCCCCGGGCCCUUUUUUUGUGUUUCUCUCUUCCUUUAGACCCUUUUUUGUGUAUCUGUCUUCCCCAGGCCCUUUCUUUUUGUUUGUCUAACUCUAGACGCUUUUUUUUUUUUUUUGUCUUCCCCAGACCCUUUUUUGUGUUUCUGUCUUCCCCCAGUGUGUUCGCCUUAUUCGCCUGGUGGUCUCACCGGCCAUUUGUACAAGAGACUUAGAAACAAUGCAUCAAGGUGAACAUGAUUUAUUCAUGCUGGAAAAUUGACCUGGCAAUAUUCCAACACUAAAUGUAUUGUUCUUACAUUGUUCUUCACCAUAGUCCUGGCGUAAUGUAUGUACAUCAUUCAAGACUAUGACCUCAUCCAGAUAAAAUGUCAGAAAUUGGGGCCACAAUUAGAACCACAAAGUGAAUAAUUAGAGUGCAUGAUUUGAAGGCCUUCUUUAUUCUGUACAGCAAAAUAGAAUUUAAAUCUUUCCCAUGUAUAAAUGUGACACUUUGAUAUCAUUGUAUUUAUAUAAGCUCCUCUCUUUUCUUUGUCUUCAUAUUGUUUGGUAGAUACCACAAACUCUGCUAACGUUAAUGCCUGUGUGAAGGAGGUAGAGAAGCAUUUGAGCGGGCAACACCUGGAUCUUUUAAUUAACAAUGCAGGUGUUCUCCACCCACAAACCCUCGAAACCCAAACCGCAGAGGACAUGCUUGAGGUCUACAACAUUAAUGUGGUCGGUCCUAUGCUUGUGGCUCAGGUAAAGGCUAUUUCAAGCUCAUUAUCUUCCUCUACCUGAUGAUUUAGAUGUAAAUAAUCUGCAUCCUUUCAGCAAGACUUAGAAAACUCCAAGAAAACAAGGAGUACUUAUUUUUAGUAUUAUCAAAUUUGAUAAUUAUAUGAUUAACCAUUAAAAACAAAGAUGUUGGCUUUAUAAUGGGACUAUCUUGCUACUAAUUCUAUAAAUUCGUAAACAGAAUUAUCUCUUUUUUACUUUUUUGUUGUAAAUUUUUGAAAUCACUUAUCCACUCAUAACAACUCAUCAAAACACUCUAUGUACUGAAUGAUACUUCUUAAUCCCUCAGGUAGUUGCAUUUAGCACAUUUAUUUUACUUUAAAAUAGUUGGUCAUUGUUGUUUUUGUACAAAAAUAUAUCAUUUUCCUUAGGCAUUCCAUCCUCUACUAAAACGAUCUGGAGCAGAAUCAAAAGAAAAAUCUGCCAUUGUUCAUAUCUCAGCUCUCCUUGGCUCCCUUGAAGACCUUCCACGGUUGUUUUCACAUUUCCCCGUAAUUUCGUAUCGAUGCAGCAAGGUACAAAAGAACACAUUAUUUGUCUCUGUAGUAAUGCGCAAUCUAUGGGCUGCUAUGUAGACUGCAGAUAAGAUAUUUACUGCUUUCCACACCAGUCUGGAGGGGAUGACACUUAUCAAACAAAUCAGUGUCCUACCUUGCAUUGGGCAUGCCUGACAGUUACAUAUGUGCAGUUGGAAGAUCUCUUCACCGUGGGACAUCCUGACCAGGGGAAAAGAUUAUGCAGAGUAGGCUCCGAUGUUGUGUUUCUCUCACCUGGACAAUGAUGCCCUAUUUCUGUCAUUAGUGGGCUGAAGAAACUCCCCUAGUUGAGAGGUGUGCCCAACAAUGCAAGGUGACCAAGUUUAUAGUAAGCUUAUAAUAAUUUUAUUACACACUUUUCAAGUUUUUCUUGCUUUAGUUUGUAUAUUUGUUUUGAAAGUGUUUGGUUUUAAAAAAACACAAUUGUCAAGUGAUGCAUGCCCCUUUUAAACUUUUUUUUGUUUCAAAGUGAAAUGCCAAGUUGUCACAAGUUAAUCUCCUGGUGGUCUAGUAUCUGUAAGGGUGGGAGUUUGCUCCCUUGAUGACUCAAUUAUAGUAGUGAAUAUAUGCAACCUACAUGCAUUAAAGCUUUUUCCAGCUCAGUUAUACUAAACCACCAAUGUUCAAUGAUGACCCCAACCUUUAGUCUGCUAUUCUUUCUAGGUUUCUUUGUAUUAUAUUUGUGUGUGUGUGUAUGUAUGUAUGUGUAUGUAUGUAUGUGUGUGUGUAUAUGUAUAUAUAUAUAUAUAAUAUGUGUGUGUGUGUGUGUGUGUAUAUAUAUAUAUAUAUAUAUAGUGUUCUCCACAUGGCUGAGCAUUCAGUUAUUGCCUCCAAUCCACCACCCCCCCCCUCCCAAAUUAUUUGGGUUAAGCCUAAAAUUAAUAAACAAGUUCCCCCAUAUAUAUUACAGCUAGCAGCUGUGUGCCAAAUUUUAUAUAGGCCAUUACGUGUAUAUGAAGAGCCCAUAGAGUCUGUCCUAUGUUUUGUGAUAUACUAGGGUUAGCCAAGUACACAUGUCCCCCAAUGUAGCACUCAUUCAUCUCAAUCGCAUACAAACAUGAUAUCCUGACAUCUCGCCCAGCAUUUACCAGUCACACAUAUCCGUGCAAAAGUACUCACAUUUUGCACAGUACCAAUAUAAAACAAAAAACAACAACCAUGAUUCAGCAUCCAGUAGCCAUAUAUCCACCAAAUAAAACCUACAAAUUAGCCGACCGUCUCUAAUGGCAUUAUGGCACCCACGUACCGACCAUCGACUUAUCACAACACUUAGAGCUUCCAUCAGCCACCUAAUCAUUUAUCAGUUCCUUUCACCAUGUUCAUGGUUUAUCUGUGCUUAUUUAGCUCAUUGUGUUAGCUGUAGCUGUUCAGGAUAGUACAUUUUAUUGUACUACUGCAUGGUCCCCACAGUGGUGGAAAUGUAUCUGCUGUUGUUCCCAUUCUAGCGUCCUGGCUCUAGUAUUUUGCUUAGAUCAUGUAUUUAUUUUCCUCAUUUUUAAAUUUAUUUUUAAUCUCCUGUACAGGCUGCCUUAAACAUGCUCUCACGAUGUCAAGCAGUAGGAUACAAAGAAGAUGGAAUUAUCACCAUUGCUAUACACCCUGGUUGGGUUCAGACAGAUAUGGGAGGAAAUCAGGUAUCUGUAAUAAAUAUAUAUUUAUCUCUCUCUCAAACACAGUUUGAAGUGAUUUCCAAUUUUGUUAUAGAAGGGGGAGGGGGAAUUCCUUCUUGACUACAAAAUGGCAGUGAGCUUUAUCCUUGGGUCAAUGAGCGGUUACCGCACAAAUGAACUAUUCUAUUGUUAAAUAUUGCUUUUCCAAAAGAGCAUCCAGAUGUCAUUUAAAAAUAUGCACACAAUUUAAUAACUCUACUCUGUCCAGAAAAUUCCACAUCUUUACCCCAUUUUUAUCCUUUCCUGUGCGGUAGGUAAGCUUUCACAUUUUACAAAACCAGGAAGUAAAAUGACCUGUUGUCUGGUUUAAAAGCCAGAGGAGUGUGACUAGUAUAUUUUAAAAAGUGUCAGUUCCUAUUGAAUUCUGCACUUUUUGCAAAAUGAAAAAAAUAAAACACACUUUUCACACACACAGCUUUUCAGAAAGUUAAAGUUGUUUACGUGUCUGUAAGGGGACCUUUGAAUACACUAUACUGUGCAAGCAUUGUUGAAUACCAAAACUCAUGGUAAUCUCAUUCUUCUGGUUUUAAGUCUAAGUAGGAAACUUAUUACCCUUUCUGCACGCUCGGAUUAAUGAAUAGCUUACCACUACUGUUUGUACUGAUCCUGUACAUAUUUGUAUGUUAUCAUAGUCCCUUCUGAAAUAUAUUUUUCUAUAAUAAAACACAUUUUCAAAAGUAGAAUACCUGUAUUCCUAACGCUUUAGAAUCCCUGUCACUAGUUAGAACUAGUCCCCCCCAUGUUUGCAAUACAAUUUUUAGAGAAGUUAAGUUAUAACUACUUGUUUCUAGCUCCAAGGCUUCCUUGGCGCUGCAUACCUCUGUCUCACGCAAUGACAAUGUUUCUCAUAGAGGAGCAUCGGGGAUCUAAUGCAUGCACCGCGCUUAUAUCAAUGCUUUCCUAUGGGGGCUUACGCAUUAUGUGACACAAUGUUACUCUGUCAUUGUGUGGCGGAAACACCUUUAGAUAGCCUCUAGAGGAGGACGUAACCCUACAAUGUAAUCAUUGUGAUUUCUGAAAACUGUAAUGUUUUACAUUGAUAUGUUCAAAGGACAGGGAUGCUACACCCAGACUACUUCAUUGAGAGGAAGUGAUCUAAGUGACUAUAGUAUCACUUUGUUUUGUAGCAGGCUACUGUACUUUAUUUAGUUUCAUAAUAUCCUACUUUAAAAAAACACACUGAACAUUGCACAACAUUUUAAAGAUUUAUCAAUAGGCAAAAUUAUAUUUACAUCCUGUGACUUAAUACCCUUUAUUAUGGAUAAUACCACAUUUGCAACCGGUGACUGAGAUUACACAUUGUUGCUUAGUCUGUUUUUUUUAUAACUAUUCCCAUGGGCUUCUCGUUUUCAUCUAAAAGAUAAGACACAGAACUACAGAAUAUGUAACAUAGAAUGACCACUCUACCUACAUAUGGUGUCAGUGUGAUUCUUCUUGUUGAUAUAAAAUACCUAAGGAAAUGAAGACAUGGACCUACCCCUACCCCUUCAAAAUUAUAUGAAGCAUAGAUAAUGAUAAAUAAUAGAAAACCUUCUAUAAAUCUCGAGAAUUUAUACAAUUCUUAGUAGUACAUAUUAUCUUUGUUCUUCAAAAAGCUUGCCUAAUCUGGGUGGAUUAGUUUGUGGAUUAUGUAUUCUAGUUUAAAUAAGUUUAACAAUACUUGGCCAAUACUUUUACAGUCCAAAUUUAAGAAGGCAUACAGUAGUUAUUUAAUGUUAUGCAUGUGAUUAAAUCACCUCUAUUCCAUAUAAAAUUUAACUUCUCUUUAAUAUUUAUUCCCAUUUCCAGGCUCCGCUGACAAAAGAAAAUAGUGUUGGUGGAAUGAUGAAGGUCAUUUCUUCCUUGAACAUAACACAAAGUGGCACUUUUGUUGAUUGGGAAGGAAAUACUUUGCCAUGGUAA